GAGCCAGAGAGCGUUUCGAGUUCGGUUCACUCAGUUCAGUCAGUCGGUGUUUGUUGAGCAGCCGAGUAACUUACUCUCAACUCGUUUACUUAUACGAAUAAUUAAGCAUAUCUUGUAGUCAUCUGUCUAGUUAAGAAACUAGAUGUUUGCACGCGUCGUCUUCUAUGCAGUUUUGUAAUGUAACCACACAGACGAAAAGAAGCGUAUGACGCCAGAGUGUUUGUGGAGAAAUGAAGAUGUCCAGGAGCGGAUCAGGUCUCCAACCUCUUAAAGCUACUGUUCCCUUCACACUGCACAAAGCAGCUGGAGCUGCCGUCACAAAUACCACUUCAGGUGAUUGGACCAAAGCCGAGUGGUGUUUGCAGACUCGGAUCCGACGCACACUAUCCUUGGAUGCGAUUGUGGGGCCGUACUUGCAAGGCCAGUGGCCCAAAGUGGGUGAAAAACACAUUCCCAGCAGACACGGCAGGGAGGAUAAAUCCACACAGACACCACAUGGAUGGUUAUCUGGAGCUGACACAAGAGCUGUUGGAUUUCACAAACGCUCUGCAUCAUGGGGAAAUUCAGAACAUCUCCAGGAUGGACGGGACAUGUGUGCAGGUUCUUCGUUUUCCAAGCUGAAACAACAACUGCAACAGAAGCAAAGGUCAAGUUUUCCAGUUGGCAACCAAGAGAAACCGCACAACCAACAUCAGGCAUGGGCUGCAUCAUUGACUCGACUGCCGUCACGUCUGCAACACAGUGAAGAGAGACUAGAUCAGGAGCUGGAGAAAGUCUUCAUACAUUAUUCACCUGUUGACCACAGUGGACUAUAUGAGGUUCCUGAUGGCCACAGGGCUCCUGUUCCACACCUGAGCUCCAGGAGUGGGUUUCAGAUCGAGUCUUCUUGUGUAUCUUCCCAGUCCUCUUUAUCUUCAUUCACAUCUUGCACUCCACAGCGCCCUUUAGAUCUUGAUACUGUUGGGGAGGUGAACUCAUGUAUCCUGAUGUUAUCCUCAUCACCACGGCCUAAUAACAGCUACUGCUUCCAGAGAGAUCCGCCAGAGGGCUGUGAGAGAGUCCGAGUGUGUGAAGAGAACGUCCCACCGUGCUUGGAUGAGGUGUAUGUAUCCUCUUGCCCCGACCCCAAUAAAGUGAACUUCACCACACACACAGGCUCAGCCUUCUACCCUGUCAAUCUCCCGAAGCCCCUCCUUCCUCCAGUGGACUUCCUGAUCUGCAGCCUCUCCGUUUCUCCAGGGUCCUGCUGGGUGGGACAGUGAUGACUUAAUAAGAAGAAGUGACUGUAUCUUUAAAAACACUUGUAACGUUGUACUUGCUUCAGCAUCCUUACUAUUAAAAAUAAUAUUUUUCAUUG